UGACGAUUGUGUUUGAUCACCGUCGAAUCCGAAUAAUUGUUUGCAUUCGGUAGAAACACUUAUGCAGGUGAGGUGGAGUGUCGUGUUUCGGUGUGAUGGAGAUCAUCAAUUAACUGAGUGAGGUGAUCUUAAAAUACCGCCUUCGGUGAUUUGGGUAUGUAUUACGAAUAUCGUCCUAGCAGGUCACAAACCGUUCACUGUUUGCUUUCCCUGGGAAUGGUUGGAAGAAACGGAGAGGAGACCAGUGUAUGACGUGGCCCAGUGGGACAUAGGAUGCUUGUGUUGGGUCAACAUUUAUUGAUGCUUCACGGUUCCCUUAGAAUGGGAUUCGAGGGACUAAGCAACUCAGUGACUCGGGACGAUAGCAGACAUGGCUCAGAAUCGAAACCAGUGGCAACCAUGCUGCGGCCUUCUUGUUUCAUCUGGUAUCAAAAAGUAACCUUAAGUACAUCUGAUUUCACAGGGAUUGAUCUGCUCUCUUUACGUCAUCCACUUGACUUGGAGUGUGUAGACGAUAAUGUCCUGUUAGGUGAGGACACUGACAAAAUUCGAGAAUUUCUGAGCACCUUGAGGAGAAGUCAGAGUAUGUCUGGCAUGAGUUUCGUACCUGUCAAAUGUAAAUUGAUGUUCCCCGACUAGUCUGCUGCAAGUACUCCCAGUUUCAUGAUAGGGAGUGAAGUGGUGGGAUGUCGACCACUUCAUUUACUUGGGGAGUUGCACUAGUCUAAAAGGGCUGGUUGCUGAUGAAAUCUCAGCUCGGAUACAGAAGACUCAUUUAGUAUUUGCCAACUUGUG